CGCAGGCCUGGCUGCGCCCAAACGCCCGAGCGUGGUAUCAGUGUAUCCUUCCAUGUUCUAGCGGAAGAUUCGUUCGCAUUUCCCACAUUUGAGAGGAUUGAUUGCAGCUCCCUUCCACCGCGGGCAUCGAUGUGUACCCUGCCGGGCCGAGUAAAGCGGCGAUGACGGGGGGGUUAGGUGACGAGAGAGACAAACAGUGCAAGAGUGAUUGGUCGGGUCAAUUUGAUUACAUAGAGAGGGGCCGGUGGACUUGAUUAUUUGUAGCAACAGAAGGGCGGUUCCGUUGCUGGAGCGGAAGCAGUCUGAAGUAGGGAGUGGUAGCGAUGGAGCAUUCCACAGGGGUACCGCGUCACCCAGACGUUGAAAUCGGCGACGCGGGAAGCUGUGAAUUGGAGAAAGCGGGGCGUGGGAAUGAGUUUGACAAUAGCCGUCGGAUCGGGGGUGCAGAUUGCGCUGCUGAGAAUCAGGAUGGCCCGAGCGGCUUGAGAAUAGCAGAUUCGCGUGUAGCAGCAGUUGAUCAGGGUGAUACUAAUGUCGAUAGACAGAAUGACAAGGCACAGGGAGGGGCGAACCGUAUCGCGUCCGUUAAGAGACCAUUUAUAGAGCUGCCAUUGGACGAAGGACGAGGAGAGGAUGGACACGUCGAUAAGAAAGCUAAUCUAUCUUGCAGCGGCAUAGAAGAACCGGAGUUGAUUGUGCCGAUCCCGUGUCAGGUGGGUGCUGGAUACCUGCCUUGCUUGCAGGCAGUCGAAAGGGGGAGCGAUUAUGUUCCCGAAAUGGGUGUCAGAUUGAAAGAUAUGGAGAGAGCGAGCUCGACUCUUCAAGAUUUCGUCAGCUCUUAUUUCAUGUUUCAUGAGAUGGAUCCACAUCGACCUGAGGAUGUUUUCCGCUUCCUGCCUGUGCUUGCGUAUGUGGAAGCUUAUAUGUACAAGCUGGAUGAGCUGAAUGAGGAGGUUGUCAAUGGUGCUUUGACUGUGAGAGGAUCUGGAAUGAGAUGCCAGCCUCCUUGUUCCACGACCUCCGAACUUUCUGUCCAUAGGAAAACUUCGAAUGGGGGGGAGCGGAUCACGAUGACGUCCAAUGGGGACAGCAGGCAGAGGUGUGUCGACGGUUAUGACCCUAGUGAAAGUGAACACGGCGCCGAUGAACGAGUGGCCUCGUUCGUUUGUGAUGACAACCUUGAUCCUUUCAAAGGACUGAAGGAUCUGCUACGUGAAAGGAAACUGUUGACCGACCGGUUGGUAUUAGAGCUGGACAGCGGCACAGAGUUCUGGAAGCUAGAGCGGUCUUUGUGCAAAGCAGUAGCUGAAGGCAGGCCAAUUCUGCGGGAGGACGUGCUUAAAGCUCUCAAGUUCAAGUCGUUUGAUUAUCGUGUGCUGAGCCUGCUACUUUAUGGACUCCGUGGUGUGGAGGUCAACUCUCUCCACAUGGACUUCUUGUCGGUUUCGGAGCUUCUAGUGGAAAUUGCAGAUGAUCUUGUGGGGCUUUGUUUGCGGCCGAGGAGACUGACAUUUUUCUCUUGUCAGAUAUGACUAUGAGGAUGACAUAAUCAAGAAUACGUUUAAUGUGCUCCGCAUGUUUGUGGUGAUUUAUGGUCCUCGACAAGCGCCAAUCGAACUGGCAAAGCUCAUUGGUGAAACUGAGAGAAGAUAUCAUGCAAUGAUUUGCCAAUUGGAACCUGAUCUUGCUUCGAAAUACAAGAAGAGGUGCAUGGAAGCUACCUUGGAAGGUAAUUAUCACACACUGGCACUCUUCACAGAAGGCAAUAAAUGAUUUGAAGGGAGAAAAGGGACUAGGAGAAGAGUGAAACCCCCUCCUUGCCUCAGCACUCCAGUGAUAUAGGUAUCAGAAGUCAGCAAAUCAAUGGCCUAAGCGGUA